GCGGCGGGGCGGCGCGCGGCAGCAUGCGGCUGAGGCUGAGCGCGCUGGCGCUGCUGGCGGCCCUGGCGGGCGUGCUCAGCUUCGUGCUGCUGGUGGUGGCCAUCGGCACCGACUUCUGGUACGUGAUCGACGCCUCCCGGCUGGAGCGGGCCCGCAACUCCUCGGAGGCGCUCAGCUCGCACUCGGGGCUCUGGCGCACCUGCAGCUUUAGGAGCAAAUGUUUCCCUUUGACAAAUCCCUUCUGGCAUGAGAACGCAAACCUCACAGCCUCACACAAACAGCUUCUCCACAUGCAUGGGACAUUUGUAAUCCUGUUGCCUCUCAGCCUGAUACUGAUGAUUUUUGGAGGAAUGACUGGAUUUAUCAGUAUACUUGCCAGGGCCUACCUGCUACUUCUAAUGACGGGGUUGCUUUUUCUGUUCGGAGCCCUUGUGACACUUACUGGGAUCAGCAUCUACAUUGCAUACUCAGCUGCUGCCUUCAAGGAAGCCAUCUGCCUUCUGGGGACGAAGAAUCUCUUACUGGAACUUGACAUCAGGUUUGGUUGGUCUUUGGUGCUUGUGUGGAUCUCCUUCAUUGCAGAGGUAGUCACCGGGGCAGCCUUCUUCCUUGCCGCGAGAGCAGUGGGCCUGAAACGGAGGCGGGAGCAGGUGAUGUGAAGUACCAAGUGCCAACCCAGCUGCAUCACCAUCAUGGGGGUUUAGCAAGGUGGAUCAGAGGUUCAGUAUGGAUUAUAAUAAUGACAAGACUACUGUUGAGUGUAUCACACAUCUGAGCUAACUCUUUUCCUCAUUGACAGCUAAGAAAUGGAAAGAUUGCAUAGUGGCAACACUGCAUUUUUGAAAAGCAUCAAUAAGGUGGCCUUUAAAUGAAAAUAUAUUGUUUCUACUUAGUAGUAGGAGUCAGCCUUCUCCUCCUUUCUUUCCUUCCAUGGUGCCACUGCCAAAAUGCCUCCUGACACCCUGGAGUCCAGUAUUUAUAGCUCAUUUAAUCUUUGGCUUUUCGGUCAAGAUGCCCAUUCUGAAGACCAGUUUGUGCCAGUUGUGCUGGAUGCCUCUGUCCAUUAAGAACUGAACUGAACCUGGAAUUUAUCUGGCACAGUCCACUAAAUGGCCAUCAGGCAGCAUGGCCUUCAGGUCCAUUCUUGCUUUCCUCUUAUAUGAGAUUCAUAUCACCCAGUGUAGAGGAAGGAAGAGUGUGAAAAAUAAAAUAGUUCCUAACCAGUGUGUAUUUUAAAACAAUUUCAGCAUAUAAAACAAGGUUCCAAUUAGGGAUCAAAAAUAGCAGAGUUCAAAAUAUCUGAAGUUAAAUCCAAAGCGCCUGUGUGACGAUCUUAAGUACUCAGUCUUCCUGGGUACUACUGUGAUGCUUUGAGGUAUGGAAGGACUUGGUCUGAAGUGUGAAUCAUUGAGUGUUAGUGAUGUUAAUACAAAGCAACUUGGGGUCAUCCACCUUCGCUAACUGCAUGUUUUUUCUUUUCUCUUAUGUUUCACAUUAAAAGCAGGAAGCCUUCAUCUUUUAGAUUAUAAUCAUUUGUUUCAUUGUCUAAUGACAAAUACACUAAAAAAAUCCCAGUAUUUGAAAUGAAAAGGCCCAAAUAACCUAUGGGCACUUAUACACAUGCAGCGAGGCUGCUCCAAUGUACUGGAAUCUGCACUCCAGCAGCCUCCAGUGUCACAUGUAUCAGUGUCCCCUCACAGAAAAAUGGUGGCAGGGGCACUUUAACUAAAGCUUGUUCAAUGAGCUUUAGUUACAGGGCUCUUGCCACCAUUUUUCAGUGCAGGGAUGGUAAUACACAUGAUGCUCUAGAUGCUUUAAUUAGAGCAGCUCUCAGAGCCGCUCAAAUUAAAGCACUCCCCCCCCCCCCCCCGGCCCCUUUCCCCCCACUGCUGGAGCACAUGUAUAAAUGCUGUAUAAGUCUGGUCAGGGAUCUGUUAUGGUGAAGGAGCUUCCUCAAAAUGUAAGAAAGGCAAGAGGCAGAAGCUGUCAUUAUUGCCUGGAACAAAACAAAACAAAACAAAACAAAACAA